AUGGGAGUGCGUGGGCAGUGCGGGACGGACGCCUGCCCGCAGGCAGCCUGGGUCCUCUCCGAGCGCCCCGAGACUUUUUGCCUCCCGACCAGCACCCAGCGCCCCUCCCCCCACCUCCCGCCCGCCUGCCUCCCUACUCGCGCCCGCACGAUGGCCUCCGCAUUCCUCCAGGCAGCCUCGCCCCUGGUGCUGGGUGCAUCACGCAGGGCCCUGGUUGGCCGAUCGAUCGCCGCGCCCGGCAAUGGGGCGAAGGUGCAGGCCACAGUGGGCAACUGGUUCCCCGGCAGCGACUGCCCGCCGCACCUGACGGAUGACCUCAUUGGAAACUACGGAUACGACCCCCUGGGCCUCUCCGUGGAGCCCGGCAACCUUGCGCGCAUGAGGGAGUGUGAGGUCAUCAAUGGGCGGUGGGCGAUGUUGGGCGUGGUUGGCUCCCUGACUGUGGAGAUCCUGGGGCUUGGCAACUGGUACACUGGCCCGUCCUGGGUGAAGGAGGGUGGUAGCCCAACGUACCUUGGGAACACACUUCCAUUCGAUAUCAAGACCCUUGCUGCCAUCGAACUGGUCUUGAUGGGCACCGCCGAAGCGCUGCGGGGCGGCGAGCCCGACCUGGAGACCCGGAUAUACCCUGGUGGCGCCUUCGACCCCUUCGGCUUCAGCAAGGGCGACAAGGCCAAGCUGGACGAGCUCAAGCUGAAGGAGAUCAAGAACGGCCGGCUGGCGAUGUUCGCCAUGACGGGAUUCUACUUCCAGUACUAUGCAACGGGGAAGGGGCCCGUGGAGUGCUGGACGGAGCACCUGGCGGACCCCCUGGGCGCCAACUUCGCCACCAACGGCGUCUCCAUCCCAUUCUUUUGA